AUGGCACCGCUUUCCCGUGCUGCUGGGGGGUGUUUCGGGUGGCUGGGCUUGGGGAGCUGGGGUGUGCCGUGCCGGGAGGGAGCGCUGGGAUGCUCCCCUGCCUUUCUAAUACAGUUGCUGUCUGUCCGCAGGUCAAGUUGCCCGCUCGGAAGCCAUGCUUGGAUUUUAAUAGCCAUGUUCCACCUAGCCAUGGACCUCGCCAGCUGCCAGCCCCCAGCCAGCGACCUGCCGUGGUUGGUGCCUCCGGCCUCGCUGGCAUCGUCCAGUCCGGGUACAGGGGGUCUGGUGGGCUCGUUGCCCGCUGUCAGCCGGCUGCGGCAGCCCGUCCGCCUGCUCCGUUUGCAGCACCCUCUCCGCAAAGCUCGGGAGGAGGUGGAGGCGUCCCGGUGCCCGUGGCGUGCAAGAACAGAGGAAGGAGACUUGUGGCAGGGGGGGGGGGGUGGCGGGGGGCUUUGCUCGCCACUGCCUGGGAUCCCUCUUGGCUCCCGUCCCCACUCUCUCUCCUUUCUUUUUUCCGCAGGUCUGGCGGUUCAUCAGAUAAUCACUAUUACCGUGUCCCUCAUCAUGGUCAUAGCCGCUCUGAUAACAACUCUUGUCUUAAAAAAUUGCUGCGCGCAGAGCGGGCGUCCGCGGCGCAACAGCCACCAGCGCAAGCUGGACCAGCAGGAGGAGAGCUGCCAGAACCUGACCGACUUCGCUCCCGCCCGCGUGCCCAGCACCCUCGACAUCUUCACCGCCUACAACGAGACGCUGCAGUGCUCCCACGAGUGCGUCCGGACCCCCGUGCCCGUCUACGCAGAGGAGGCGUUGCGCUCGCCCGGGGAUUAUAAAACAACCUUCAAUGGAAACAGACCCUCUUCUUCUGACCGGCAUCUUAUUCCCGUGGCCUUUGUGUCUGAGAAAUGGUUUGAAAUCUCCUGCUGA